GUGGGCAGCGCAUGCUCCUCGGGCGGCGCGGGAUGGCGGCGGGCGGAGAGUUCGGCUCCGGGGCGUCGGGCCGGCUGGACCCGGGGGCGCUGAUGGAGCAGGUCAAGGUGCAGAUCGCGGUGGCCAACGCGCAGGAGCUGCUGCAGAGGAUGACCGACAAGUGUUUCCGGAAGUGCAUUGGGAAGCCCGGGAGCUCCCUGGACAACUCUGAGCAGAAGUGCAUCGCCAUGUGCAUGGACCGCUACAUGGAUGCCUGGAACACAGUUUCCCGUGCCUACAACUCCCGUCUUCAGAGGGAGCGGGCCAACAUGUGAGAGGCGGAGCAGCGGGGUCUGUGCGGGGCCCGGGAAGGGACCUUUGGGGAGUACAGCGACUGUUAAUUGGUCGGCGUGGUAGCCAUUAAAGCGAUGACCCCAGGC